CUAAGUGCCGCCUCUCUUCUGUGUGUUAUGUUUUUGGGUUUUUUUGCCUCCAUGUGAGCUUGCCUCGGCUGCUGGAUGCUCUUCGCCCCCACCCUCCCCGCCGCACUUGUUGCGCAGAGAGUGGAUGCGCCGCUGAGUCCUUGGAGAGGAGAGGCAGGGACUCACUGCAACAGGUGCACACACGGAGCAUCUCCUCCAGCGAGGCUACAUCGCAGCGCUGAACUUUAAAUGCCAGUUUUAAGGAGCCUCUGACAGUCUUCAGCCUCUGCCGCGUGUACAAAGCCAGGAUGCCGGUGUUGACGAGCCCCGACAUCGCCAACAAGUUUAAGGAGAGAUGGCUGGCGGCUUACCCAGAGGAUCACGUCUCUGGGUCUGAGUCUGCCCCCCUUGACGACAGCCUCACCAGCCUCCAUUGGCUCCAGAAUUUCUCCAUCCUCAGCGCAGACCCGGAGCGUCCCAGCGGCGCGGGACUCGAGUGUCCGUCCUCGCAGCAGCACCUCUUCAUCAAACGACUCGGCUUCCCCGGACCGGGCACCGACUCUCCUUCCAGCCCUCCAGCCGGGGACACCGCCGCAACCGGGAUGCCUCUGUACCUCGGGAGCCCCGUCACCUCUGGCAGCGACUCCACCGCGGCGGCUCCGCGGUUUGCUAGCGGCGCGCACCCCACGCCCGGCUACCCGCAGAUCCCGAUUCAGCCAAGCCCGCCGGUGGAGAUCGACUACAAAACCAACCCCAAAGUCAAGCCGCCCUAUUCCUACGCCUCUCUCAUCUGCAUGGCCAUGCAGGCCAGCAAGCAGCCCAAAGUGACUCUGUCCACCAUUUAUAACUGGAUCACGGAGAAUUUCUGCUACUACAGACACGCGGAGCCCAGCUGGCAGAACUCGAUUCGUCACAACCUGUCCCUCAACAAGUGUUUCAAGAAGGUCCCCAGACAGAAGGACGAGCCAGGGAAGGGAGGCUUCUGGCAGAUUGAUCCUCAGUAUGCUGACAUGUUUGUCAAUGGCAUCUUCAAGCGCAGGAGGAUGUCUGCCAACCACUACAGCAGCGGCAGCGGAACCAGUGGCAGUGCCCACAGGCAGAGCAAACUAGUUCAGAGUUACCACGCCAGCCAAAACAGCUGCCCCUACCAGGGCGCGGGAGGCAAACGGAAGCACCUGCCCUCAAAAAACAGCAACAGUAAGGUUAUGAGGGCCACGGAGUCCCCUCUGCUAGCCACAGAGGCCAACAAUGCAGACGUCCUGAGAGGGGACUUUGACCUGUCCUCCGUGUUUGACGACGUCCUCGGCGGUAGCUGCAGCACCUUUGAAGAUCUGGACAUCAACACGGCGCUGAGCUCCCUGGGCUGCGAGAUGGAGCUCGCUGGGCCGGGCAAGCAGGGGAGGUGGUGUGGAGGAGUGGACGUUAUGGGUCAGAGCCAGCACAUGAACCUCCAUCACCAAUCCUACGGCUACAUGGACCUAAGCGCUGCUUCCAUGGAGUGUACGGUCAGCAUGGGAGAGCUCCACGUGCCUCACGCAAAUCCGCAGCCACAGCAGCAACAGCUGGACCCAGAUCACUUGCUCCAGAGCCACCACCAACACCACCACCACCAUCAGCUGCAGCUGCAGCAUUUCGACGAGCCCUCCAUGCUCUUCCCGGAGCAGCCAGAAGAAGCGAUGCUGCAAACGUGGGAGGAGAUAAAAGAGGAGGCACAGGCCAUUCCUCUGACUCUGGAUCAGGGCUUCGGCCUGUGCGAGGGCUUCUUCACAGAGAUGCAGCCAUGGGAACGAGUGGAGAGCUACCUGUGACCUUUGACCCUAACCACACUGACUUCUGUUUGAUUUUUUUGUUGAUUUUUUUUUUUUUUUUUUUUUACAUUCAAUGACCUCUCUGAUUGCUGGUCCAUGUGGUCUGUAUUAUCUUUAAGGAUAAAAGUUAGAGCUACAGCCCCAUUUUACAAUCAUAUCCCACCCCUCAGUUCUACUGCAGUGCACUCUGCAUUUUUAAUUUGUCACUUUUUCUUCCCUUAAAAAGACUUUAAAGCUUGUUGGAUGAUUAUUGAUCAUUACCUGGCAUAGACUUCCAUUGUCUUCCCUGUCAGUUUACAGGGAGCAGCAUGCAGCACGACGCAGCACUGAUACUCAAACAAUCAGAGAACUGACAAAAAGAACAGAAAGACUUUUACGUACCAAAUUCAAUUUUCAGAUGUACUCAUAUCACAGCGUAGAAGGAACAGAAGGAGGAAGGAUGAUGAAGAAGAGACAAAUUCUCACCCUUUAAGUUGGAUUUGGUGGAGGUUGAAUACGAGGAUGAGCGCUGAACCCGGCCGGACUGCAGCUGCUCGUCCCUCUGAGCUUAUUGAGAAAGCACUGUCACUACAGGACUGACAUACUGGAUUCUAUUGUGCUACAUUAGCAUUAACUCUUUUUUUUAACUAACAUGCAGUGAAAUCAGCCAUUCAUCUCAAUUGUUGAUGUUGUGUGAUGAUGAAGGAUGAAGGAGCAAAAAUGGAGACAGAAGGAAAAAAAUAUAUAUUGUUGUAAGAGAUUAGAACUCAUUCGUUUAAGAUGCUGUUAUAUAGUCAAUUUAAUAUAUAUAUAUAUAUAUAUAUAUCUAUAUAUACAUAUAGAUAUAUAAGUAUAUAGCAUGAAGCUAGGCAAGAUCAUUUGCCAUUUGUCUACAGUUAUGUAUUGCAAUGCUAAAACCGGAGCAGAUGGUGGGGUCAUGAAGUGGAACAUUAUGCACUUUGAUAGGCAGCAAUUUUUAGGAAAGAAAGACAGCUUAUGUUCAAGAUGUUUAGUUUAAUUUUUUACGGUAUUAAAGUCAUACUUUCGAACGUUUACUGACCACAUGAUUAAAACAAUGCGCAUGUGUUGCAAAUGAACUCGACACUGCAAUAAUUCAAACUGGCAAGAGUUUGUUUGUUGUUCUCCUUUCCUUUAUAUAUAUAGAUAUAUAUAUAUCUAUAUAUAUAAUAGCAGGAUUUUUUAUAAAACAAUAUUCCGCCAAAUUUGUUGAUAUGCAGCUUAUUGGAGUUUCUGUGACGAUUAACCCAUCCCACCACUACCGGGCCGUCUCUGUUAUUAAAAAUCAGCCAAGCCGCCAUUUUUGAAAGGCUGCCAAGCACAUACGGUGAAGAGGCCGCCUACCACCAGGAUUAAAAUGGAUGUAGCAUUUGUUGUGCUUCAGUUCUGUUGCGCCACAUUUGGCAGAGUUGCAGCUGAGAUUGUUUUAGGGAGCAGAUUUAAUAACAUCAGUGUCACUGGCAUUGUUAGAACGCUGGUAUUUGCUUUCUAAUGUACUAUUUUUUUUAAAUCAGGUGGGAACGAACACAUUGUGCUGAAGAUUUUCAAAUCAGUCUUUAGCCUGAUGAUAGAGGCGUACGGACUCGCUGUACUUCUGAAUUUUUCCCACGUGUCUCAUCUCUUGUGCCCUCACAGCACAUGGAUCUUUUGUGAGAAGAUUUGGAGAUAACUUGGAGUUUUCUCAGAGUUCUGUUUUCUAUCACAGGGUGAUGGAUUCUUUUGACCUUAUUGAUUACAUUAGUGUAGGUUUUACUUUUCUUUAAUUUGUGAGGUUUGUUUAAAAGAAAUCCGAUCAGAAAUCUUGGAGGAGGGUUUAGGGACAGAUGCAUAAAUUCAUCAGUUAAUGGCCAGACUUUCUUAUUGUAUCAUUAUGGUGGGUGACAUGACCUCUUUAAUCUUACCAUGUUAUUUCAUUUGUACCUUUUUUAAGCUGUUUGAAAAUGCAAUCAUGCCUUAAUGCAAUA